AAAAGAAAAGGUGAAGAACCCAGGCGUAGUGUUCCUAAACCCAAAUAGAACCCUAAACCAAACAAAAACGGCGGUAGAGCUGUUUUUCACACAGCCUAUCAAAUUCAGGUAAAUAAAUAAUCAUGGAGGAAUCUUCAUCACCAAAAGCAUCGUGUUGGAGCACCAUUGUCAAGAAGGACGCACCGCCACCUCAGCAACAACAACCACUACUCUUAAAUACCCAACACAUUCUGGAAGAUACUCGUAACCGUCAUGGUAUCUCCGUUGCCAUUGUCGACGCCAACGCCGUCAUCCAAUCCGGCGAAACACUACACUCUCUCGCCGAUAAGUUUGUCUCUGUCCCCGAAGUCAUCGAGGAAAUUCGUGAUCCCGUUUCUCGCCAUAGACUCUCUUUCCUUCCCUUCACUAUCCAAACCAUGGAACCUUCCCCUGAAUCCAUCAACAAAGUUGUCAAAUUUGCUAGGGUUACUGGUGACCUACAGACUCUAUCAGAUGUUGAUAUCAAACUUAUAGCGCUAGCUUAUACUUUGGAGGCUCAGAUUCAUGGAACAAAACAUCUUAAGGACAGCCCGCCUCCGGUGCAAACUGUGAAUGUGAAGAGGCUUCCCGAGAAGGACUUGCCGGGAUGGGGUUUGAAUGUUCCUAAUUUGCAAGAGUGGGAAGCAUUGGAACGCGAAAAUGAGGACAAUGUGAAUUCCAAUUCGAGAAUCCUUCCUUUGCAGGACUUGAGUUUGAACAUUGUUCCACAAGAUGAUCUCUCUGUUGAUGGUUCGGUUGACCAUACUGCUGAAACUCCUUUGGAAAUUCAUGAUGGUGGUGAGCGUGGUUCAAUGAGACGUAAGAAUUAUCUGCCUAAGAAAAAGGUGGUAAACCUUGAAGGGAAGACGGUGGCUGAAGGAAUUAAUGCAUCUCAAGGAGAAGUUGAGGACAACGGCGGUGAUUGGAUGCCUGCUGUCAGUCGUAGUACUCACAGGAGAUUUCUAAGAAGGAAGGCUAGACGUGAGCAAUAUGAAGCAUUAUCCAGCAAUCAAGAUCCUCAAGAUAUGGAAGAAAACAUUGAUGGCAGUGUUAGUGAAGAUGCUAAGGCUUCAAACCAGGUUCAUGAAAACAAUGAUGAGAAGCAUAUUGAAAAUGUUGUUUCCAAGAAUGAUAUGAUAUCUGCCGAGAACUAUGGGGAUGAAGCCCUCUCUGCAACUCUGAAGCAAAUGACUCUGGAAGAAGGUUCACUUGAAGCUCUUAAUGAAGAAAACGCACUAAGUUUGUCACCCGAAGAACUCCAAUCAAAGAAUGCUGGACUGCUGGAAAGUGUGUCUGAUGGCAGUGCAAUUAUGGAUAUUAAAUCAUGUGAAACAGAUCCCGUCAAUGACAAAUCAAAUUACUCUGAAAUCGCAAGCCAGACCAGUGAAGCUGCUGAUUUUUCAAAUGCAGAUGAUGAUGUCAGUGAGCAAAGUUGGAUGGUUAGAUCUUUGUCUGAGUCAACUGUGGCCUGUAUAACUGGUGACUUUGCGAUGCAAAAUGUUCUUCUCCAAAUGGGUUUGCGCUUGCUGGCACCUGGAGGAUCACAGAUACACCAAUUGCACAGAUGGAUACUUAAGUGUCAUGCCUGCUUCGCUGUUACUGCUGAAAUUGGGAGGAUUUUCUGUCCAAAAUGUGGAAAUGGUGGCACCUUAAGGAAGGUAGCAGUCACUGUUAAUGAAAAUGGAAUAAUGUUGGCAGCCCGUCGACCACGAAUUACAUUACGUGGCACAAAGUUCUCAUUGCCUUUGCCCCAAGGUGGAAGAGAUGCAGUCACAAAAAACGUUAUUCUCCGUGAAGAUCAACUGCCUCAAAGGGUACUUUAUCCUAAAACAAAGAAGAAAGCCAACAAGGACGAUGAUUUCUUUACGCCAGACAAUGUUUUCAGCCACCACAAUGAUAAGGGAGCUCCUUUCCAGGCUCCCGUAAGGAAAGCAUUAGCAACUUUCAGCGGGAGAAGAAAUCCAAAUGACAAUCACUACUCACGCUCUAAGCGCAAGUAGUGGAUGUUCAAAACUUGGAUUAGCUGGCUUUUCUAGCCCCUCAAUUUUGUUUUUUAUUUCUUGAUUUUGAAUGUUACCAGGAAGAUUGUUAAAGAUAUUAACGAAUAUGAUGUAAAGCAUGAUUCAUCUUCAUGUAUAAGAUAAAUAGUAUGGAUGAUAUAUGGAAUAUAAUUAACAGCAUGAUUUGUGGUUUGCACCUGUUGCGAAGCCAAUUUUUGGAUUUUAUUGGCCUA